AGUCAGUCGUUUUUUUUCAACACAACCAAAACCACUACACGAUGGGCGAUCAAGUCAAGCUGUACCUCGACAAGCUCGAUGCUGAGCUCAACAAGUAUCCCUUCAUGAUCCGCCUCCAGGACCAGACCAAGGUGCCCAAGGCCUACCUUGCCAUCGGUGGCUUCCUUCUCAUCCUCCUGUCGCUCUCGGCUGGCCUCGGCGCUCAGCUUGUCUGCAACAUUGUCGGCUUUGUCUACCCGGCAUACGCCUCCUUCAAGGCCAUCGAGUCGACAAACAAGGACGAUGACACGCAGUGGCUGACCUACUGGGUCGUGUUCGCCUUCUUCAGCCUGCUCGAGUUCUUCAGCGACAUCAUCCUCCACUGGCUGCCCUUCUACUACCUCAUGAAGUUUGUCUUCCUCGUCUACCUCAUGCUCCCCACCCUGAACGGCGCUGCCCAGCUCUACCAGAACGUCAUUCGUCGCUUCCUCCUCCAGAACCAGGCCGACAUUGACCACGGCAUCAGCAAGGUUCGCGGCGCUGCCACCAGCGCUGCCAGCUCUGCUGUCCAGAACGCCAACAAGACCGAAUAAGGUUGUGGAAGAUGCAACCAACCCAAAAACCUAAAAAAAAAAAAAAAAAAAAUCCAGCUCAGCUUCCGCUCUAUCGCAUGAUAUCAGCCUCGCCCGUGUGUGAUUGAGGUUGCUCUACUGUACUGUUGUUCAUUCGCUUGUUCACCCCGUUGAUGUUGAUAAUGCAUGCGGUGUUUUCUGCCGGUUUUGCCAGGUGGUCGCUUUUUUUUUUCAAUUGCCUUUUUGUUUGGUUUGGUUUGUCGCUUUCGGUGUCACAUUACAAAAGCUAGUUUUUAUCCA